AUGUCCCUCUCCCAACCAACGCCCCUCCUCCUAACAAAACGCCUAACCUCCUUCCUCGCCUCCAACCUAAACGCAAACCUCCACACAGCCCUCCUAGCAACCCCUUCAGGCCGCCUCCUCGCCCACGCCUCCCCGCAGCCCGUCUCCCUCCUCCGCACCCAAUCGACCGUCGCGUCCUCCCUCUUCGCCCUCCAUGCCUCCGCGACCCCCGACAUCGCCGACGCCCUCCCCUCCUCGUCCUCCUCGCCGCCCUCCUUCUCAGGUGCAGCCACGACGGCGAACGCCAACGCCAACGCCGCAGAGGAUGGAUACCCCGGAGGAGAAGGAGCGGGGGGGAAACCCCUCACAAUAACCGUCCAACUCGCCGCCGGCGUCGUCGUUAUACGGAGACUGAAAUGUGGUCUGCUCUUUGUCUGCAUAGGACCCCUCGCCGAGACAAUCGACUCCCAACAGCACCAGCACCCUUCCUCCGAACAAUACCACCACCACCACCACCAUCAUUCCAACGCCAACGGCGGCGCGGGUACGGGAACCCCCUCCCAGUUGCCCGCGUCCCCCUCCGAGGCGGACAGCAUCCUCAGCGUAGGCGCCCAGACCACGACGAGCUUCGCCAGCGUCGGAAGCGUCAACACGGCCGGCGUCGUGGUCCUCAGGCGGCACGCCGAGGAGCUGGCGCGGUGGCUGGAUGAUAAGCUCGGUAGCUUGCGAGUUCCCGAGGAGGGUGUUGGCGUGGAAUAG